AUGUUGUUACUUAUGAUUUUAGUGCAAUUUGUACAGAAUCGCGCGGGAAAACUUCUAGCGUUGGUUGAAGGACACACAUUCUACCGUGACAAACAAAAUACCAAUACACAUGUUUGGCGGUGUACGAAGGGAGGCUGGUGUAAAGCGCGUUUCACUUUGACCAACGAUUUGCGUCUAGUUCGUGGCACCUUUAAUCAUGUUCACCAACAAACGAAAUACAUUGUACUACGAUGGGUUAAGAAGCGCACCGGGAAGCCGUUGGCGAUCAUUGAUCGUUUUACUUAUUACUGCGCCGUGAAGUCCUCCGCCACGAGCACCUGGCGCUGCACGAAGGGAGGACAGUGCAAGGCCAGAUUUAUCGUCAACAACUACAUGGAGAUUACACGCUCUUCCCUCCUUCACGAUCAUCCGCCGCCCAAUUACGUUAUACGCAAUGGAAUUUACCUUAAAAUCUAG